AUGGAUUCCGAUCCACCCCCCUCUCCCACUGGUCCUGGGCUGGAAAGCGUGAUCGAGCAACCUCCCGCAUUUACUCCUACUGUUCUUCAAAACGCUCGCUUCAACCAGCGAUUUGAGAUACUAGAGCCAGGCACUACGAUGGCACUGCCGCUCCUCCUCUUUCCCGACGGAGACACGCUUGUGUAUAUCGAUCCAGCGCCUGAGGAUGGACCUCCGCGCCUGCGGAAGCCACCAACCGUUCACCGGAUCCACAGCGAUCGACUUUUGGUGACAGGCUCAGAAUAUUUUAAACGCCGGCUAGGUCCGCGCCAGCAGACCCGAGUUCGAAAGCAGCGUGGGUUUCCAGACACACUGCCCGAUGGCAUCACAUACGUCUUGGACCUGACGCCCCCAACGCUUGAAGAGGAAGCCAUUAUCUCGAUGACCGAGGUCUCCUGUCCGAUGGAGAUUCGAACAUGGGCAAGCUCGAAACAUACAUGGGAUCUUCCCUCCCAGUGCGUUGGGGGCACUGACGAAACAGAAAUGGUGGAAGAGGCUUUCUUUCCUUCUGCAUUGGAUGGCUCGCCUCCGGAAGAAGAUCAGGAACAUCAGGAUUGGGGAGGUGAUUCUAGAGAGGAAGAGGAGGAGGAGGAGGCGGAGGAGGAGGAGGAGGAGGAGGAGGAGGAGCAAGGCGAAGAUGAAAACGAAAAAGAGCAAGCUGGUCCUCGGACAUAUCGACGAGCUGGCCUGCCCGUCGAAUAUUCGGCUGCGCGCCACCGUGAUGGCAUCGAACAGGUCUUGCACGUUCUCGAGGGACUAAACAUCACCCUCGACACCCCGUGUAAGCUUUGGACAUUUUUCGCAGUGGCCAAAAUUUUCAAAGUUGCAACUGUCCCCGCCGUGGGAGACUUAGUCAGUUCCUGGUUCUACAUGGCGAACAACAUGCGGUUCGUCGAAAUUCACCCGCAAAUUGCAUAUCGUGUGGCCUGUGGGAUCGAGUCUCAGGUCAUUUGUCGAAAUGCAUUCGUGGGUUUGGUUGGCGAUGAGGCCCUUCUGUAUCUGAUCCGAGCUGGUCGAUUGCAACCGCUAAAGGGAUGGGAAAAGUAUUUUGCUCGAAGCCGGGCUGCCGACUCGUUGGAUGAUUCCGAAAUGCAACGCGUCGAGUAUGCCAGCAAAAGCUUCGCGGACGAGGUCAUCGGCCGUUUCUUGUAUCUGGCUGGGACUGAAAUGACCUGGUUAGCAGACCUCGAAGAAUUCCAGAAGCUCACGCAGCUAGUUCAGGACAGUCCUGCUGAUAAACAUAUGGUUCUUUUCCUGAUCUCGAAGUUGAGAGAGUACAUUCGAUACCAGAUUUACCGAGCUCUGGAUUCAGUCAGGGACACAUGGCGAUCCUGCGAUUCUGUGCCACCAGGACAUAAUGAGCCAUACCUGCUUGCUUUCCGACCCUGUGAUCUUCUUCAGCGGAUUAUCGGCAAGAAGUUUUGGAUGGCGCUUCUGGUCCUGGAUCUCACAUCCAGGGAAACCAAUGACCCCAAUAUUCACCAUUCGAUUGCAGAUGUCGGCAGCGGACUACUCGCCUUUCUAGGCCAGGACACUGCGCGGAUUCUCAAUAUCUCACACAUAUGGCUCCGUCAUCUUGUGGACGAAUUCAACAACACUGUCGCCCUCCGAACCAACGCAACUACCAGCUCGUGGGUUAUGGCUGCUCAGAUAGCGAGCAAGAAAAAGCGGUGGGCCUUCAACUUGGAUCGUCGUUGCCCUCUUCCAUUUGCCAACGCGAACAUUUCAACUUCAGGUAAUGUUCCUUCCACAAUCCCUGAUGACCCAACCACACUUCCAUUCAGACCGGUCGCUGGAAGCAGUGCCGCCACGGACAUCGAUAUGAAAGCAUCACUUCCCUACAGACCUGCUCCACCUCAGAAAGGUUUGGCCACUUCCUCGUCAGAUUCAAUCGAAGACGAACUCGACUUAUUCGCCCGGGAUAUGAGAUCGGAAGGGUAUUCUAGUUCGGAAAACCUCGAGAACAGAAAGUUCAAUCUGGAAGCAUUCUUCGCACAGGUCUCAUCAUUCUUGAGCACCUAUUCACGAAGACUCGUUUUCCCUUACAACGAAUACAACAUAUCACUGGAGGCAACACCCACUUUGACUUGCCUGGGAGAAGAUCAAUACCAGUAUCUCCCUUUGUGGGCGGGUGGUAACGACGAUAAAUCCGGGGGUGUGUAUACCGACCACAACAUUCCCCUCAUGAACAACGGUGGCUUCUCUGCACCAGGUCCCGCAGUGCACACUGGUAGCGGCGCCUCGACUCCUUGCUCGUUCAGCGAGAUCAACCCGAGUGAUUCUAUGAGCACCGUCUUUGGGGCCUCGCACCAUGCUACUUAUUCCCACAUCUCCGAUCUCAUGUCGGUCAACUCUGCUGAGUUUGCGCCAAACUGUGAUGAAGAGAUGGAAACCAUGGAGGAAGCCAUACACUUGGCGCUUAGUGACGUCGAAAGUUCGGUGCCGUCGGCUCAGUCAACUGAAGAGGAGUCAAACCUGGACUAUGACAGUGACGGUGCUGGUACUGUGACCAUGGGCUCUCCCUGUCUCUCUGAUGACAUCGACAUUGACAUGGAAAACCCUAGUAGCGAUGAUGAUCUUGAUGUUGUGGAGUUCGAGCUUGAAGAUGGCUCAGAUAGAGAGACCAAAUGA